AGUAAGCUAAAGGUCAUUCUUGGGCUUGGCCUUCGUUCGCUAGAGAAAGGCGUUGUAGCUGAUCGAAGCCUUGAUCAUUGAGCAUUACUUUGCUGAUUUCUUAGCGUAAAGAUGGCGACAGAAGUUAUCACACCGCCUGUUGAGCCGGAGCAACUCGAAGUUAAAAGCGAAGAGGCUGAGAAACCCGAGGAGAAUCAUGUCGAAGAGAAGCAGGAUGACACAGCGAAUGAAAACAAGCCAGAGGAGGCCGAAGCGAACGCGGUCGCUGAAGGCGAAAAGCAAGAAGAAAAUGGCUCCUUGCCGCCGAAAGUUUUACUUUAUCAACAUCCCCCGUGGAACUUCAUUCCUUCGCCGCUUCCCGCCUGCAUUAAAGUGGAGACCUACUGCCGAAUGAUGAAGAUUCCUUACGAAAACGUUUACAAAACUGGCACAGACCAGAAGUUACCGUACCUCGAAUACCAAGGCGAGACAAAGAAACACAAUCUAUUAAGCUUCCUUAAUUCCAAGUUCGAAGUGGACGCGGAUGCUAACCUUAGCGAUAAGGACAAAGCUUGCUCACGAGCUUUCCAAUGCAUGGCAGAGGAAAACACUUUCUGGAGCCUGAUGUACUAUAGAUGGGUGGAUAACUUCGCGGAGACGAAGAAAUACUUCAAAGGUUUGGAUGUUGUCAGAAAGAAUGUACGCCCAAAGCUCGAUCAAGGCAAAUGUGUGAAGUGUCUCGAAGCACAUGAGAUCGGCAAGCACAACAAGGAAGAAAUUUAUGCUAUUGGCGAGAAAGAUCUACGUGCGUUGUCUUCUUUCCUCGACGACAAGGAGUUUUUCAUGGGCGCUGAUCCCUCGACUAUCGAUUGCACGAUGUUUGGGCUCCUGUCAUGCCUUCUGCACACGGCCGAGAGCUCGCCGCUGGCUAAAGUUGUGAAGGAAGAUUUGAAAAACCUGGUAGAUUUCUGCGACCGGAUGAAGCUCAACUUCUGGCUUGACUGGAACGAGCUGUGUUCAGAAGAGCAAGUGGAGGAGACGCGACCAAAAUCAAGGCUAAGUGUGAAAAAGAAGAAGCGUACCAAAAGUCAAGAACCCGCUGCAGAGGCGAAGGAGGGCGAAACGAGCGGCGAAAAAGAAGGAGAGAAGAAAGAGGGCGAGGAGAAUAAGGAAGAAACGCCUGCUGUAAACGGAGAUGCGGCGGAAGAGACACCCGCCGAAGAACCAAAGGAACAAGCAGAAGGAGAGAAGGAGGAGGCCAAAGAAUCAGAAGAGAAAAAGGAUGAUGCUGAAGCCCCGGUGGAGAAUGGUGAUGGUGGCGAUGCACCAAAGGCCGAGGAGGCACAAGAAUAAACUGUAAGCUUUUCCAAUUCGUUUUCUGUGAACUUUGAGCAAACAAAGCGCUUCUAUAACCUAGCGAAUACUAAUGAAUUACUUUAGGCGUUCAAUCCAGGGACGUUGGUUCCUUAUUGUAAUUAUUAUUUUCUCUUGCUUUUUUGCAAGACGUGGCUCUGUUGUUUUCGCUCAGUAAGGGAGGUUGUGUGAUGUAAGCGUGUAUUCGUUUCGAUUGCUGUACUUUUGGACAUGGCCUCCGUUGCGAGGGAAUUACGAGCGUGUCGAACUCGCGAUUCGUGACUGAAAAGCUAUUCUUGAAUCUUCUUGAUUAUUAUUCACUCGACGCCUGUUUUAUUGCUGGAUUUCGACCGUUGAAAUUGGGAGAAAUCUGUUCAUUUCGGUAGAAGCAGCCCCGUCGGGAAGGAAUUCGGUCGAAAACCCGAAAUCGGUGUAAUUUUCCGAAGGUGUGUCGCUUUUCAGAUCUAGGUGGGGCUUGCCUAACACGCCAGUUAGCGAUUUUCGAAUUAAGCAGGGGCGAUCUCGCUCGGUUACAUCAGCACAAAGACAUUAAUUUUUUAUUAUAAUCUUUUGAUUGUUAUGAAAAGCUCAACAGUGUAAUAAUACUCCCGAAGUAUUGAAGAAGCAAUGUCGGCUCUUCUUUGGUAGGUUAAGUUCGAAUUAAGCCGUAGAAAAUGAAGUGAGCACACGAGAGAGUAAAUCGAAGGCUAUAGUUAAAGAAGCCAUGAUAUUUAUAUAAGUAGAAAUCUUCAGACAUGCGUUAGAAUUACUGUGUAUUAUGUCAAUAGGACGAAAUCUAUAUUCAUUCAGUUAACUCGUGGAAUUCGAACUAUCGAAGUUUUGUUCUGUCUUUAUAAUGGCGUCUAAGUCCUCGUCCGUAACGUUCUACCGCAGUCGGCAAAUAUUUACAAAGUGAGUUUUAAUCUUGUUCGAGUGUGCGAAAUCGGAACUAGAUUAAAACAAACUGCUUUCUCAUACAAUUUAGAUGACUUGUUCGCUGUAAACUGUGAAAAUUUGCAGAUCUGAAGAGAAACGAGUGGUUGAAGAUAGUACCGUGAAGUCAAGGUUUUGAAUCUAACGAUUCUAACAGCUUAAUUAGGAUUUAAUAUCUUUCAGUAACUCCAAUGUUAUAGUUCGUUAACCCGCCCAAAAAUACUACUUCGUUGUAGACUUCGCACGUGUUUUGAGGUUUGUUAUAAUAGAUUAAAUUACAGUCAAAGCUCUUUGCCAUAUUGUUUUAUUUUUUGCUAAGAAAAGCAAACUAAUGUUUAAGACUUGUUUAAAUUUAUUAAGUAGUAGGAUAUUAUUUUUGGUGUAGUGUACAGCUUGUCCGAGAGACGAGCCCAAUGUGCGCCAAUUUGAGAGUCAAACCGUAAAAUAAGUAGCAUAAUUUAUAGGUUCAGAGCGUGCAAUGAUCUAUCAUCUUGUUUGCUAGGCAUUUCAGUUGCUAAUAUUGUUGUCUUGGGAGAAUGUGUUGAUAUAGCAAGUUUCAUGCUUCCUAUUUCUCAAUGUUAACAAGAACCUUUCAUUUCCUAAGCUUUUUUUACUGCAAAUUAUUGUAGUAAGCUUCCCAGUCAUGUGUUAUGCAUCCCUUCAUAAAUUGUCGGGGAGAACUUUCAAAGGGUCUGCUAGUUAGCCCGAUAUAAUAGAUUUAUUUUCCAUUUAUUUUGUAUUGUUGAUGAUCUUUAAGUAAAAACAGUUUAUCGAAAGCUGAAGCUACAUAGAUAAUGUGAGAUACUUUGCAUGUAAUUGCUACCCUUCCAAAUUACUUAGUAUUUAAAGUAAUAUUGGUCCAUUGUCUUUUGUAGUGACAUUGAGAAACUCGUGAGGUACUAUGUUUUGCCCUGUUGCUAUUUUCAUCCACCAGAAUUUACUCCCUAAUGUUGCUCUUAAAUUGCUGCAGAAUUUGGAAGGUGUAGCAAUGAUUUAUCUUCUAGGAUUGGUGUGAUGUAAAUGAUAGUUUGGUCAGCAGAGGAGUGACAUGUCGUAUGAUGGAAUUGAUGUGUUACUUUUACGUAGAAAUAGCAAGACUUUCCCAUGUAAAAUGUAUUGUUAAAUUAUAUCUAAGAGAUGAGAUUAAAAAAUGAGCAAUCAUU